AUCUAAUCUUGCAGAUAUAACAGAACUGACAAUACAAUUAUCACUGAUAUCAUUAACUGCGCUGCACACAUGUUGCGACAAAAAUAUACAAUGUUUACAGUUAUACACUUUGUUGUUACUGACAAUUGAUACCAAAUUGACACUUUGUACCAAUACGACCUUGCGAUAAAAUCGUACGCUGACCUUAAAUUGUACACAAAAACGAAAUCGUAAAUGUGAAAAUGGCCGAAGAGAAAAAAGUGGUGGUUAUAGCAAGUGAUGGUAGUGAUCAUGCUAAAUUGGCUUUGCAAAAGUAUGCAGCAGAAUUCUACAAGCCUGGUAAUUUUGCAGUCGUUGUGUAUUGUGCUACUUAUACCGAGAUCAGUUAUGGAUCUGUUGCACUGAUACCCGGGGAUCCAGCUCUUGUUCAGAGGAUAGUUGAGUCGGAGGAGGUUAAAUGCACAGAAAUGGUGAAAAAACUAAGUAAAGAUUUAGUCGACUUGAAGAUAGAAGGCGAGGUUGUGAGAGUAAAUGGAGAACCAGGUCCAGCUGUUUUAGAAAAAGCAAAAGAUCUCAAAGCAAUAUACAUCGUAGUAGGAUCACGUGGUUUAGGGAAAAUCAGAAGAACUAUUAUGGGCAGUGUCAGUGAUUAUCUCGUGCAUCAUGCUCACAUUCCUGUAGUUGUCUGUAAAUCAGAACAUCAUCAUCAUCAUGGAAGUGAUAAGCAUUCUUAACAUGAAAAAAAUGAGGACGAAGAUUUUUUAGGCGGAGGAAAUGUUUUUUUAUUUUUUAAUUUGGAGGAAAUGUGGCAAAGAAAUUAAAGCCAUUUUAUUUUAUUGAUUGAUUUUCUUUUUAUGAACGAUAUUAUGAUAAGUGUAGAGCGACAAUCUUUUUGAUUUAGGACAAAUAAAAGUUUAUUGCUUUACUAUA